CACAGAGUGGGCGGGACCUGUCGUCUCGCUUGGAUACUGCUCAAAGUUUGCGGAAGUUUAGUUUUUACAGCUAACGUGCAAAGUGGAAGUUCCCCGUCAGGAGGCUAAAAUCAGAGAAACACGUGAUUGUUUUUGUUGUACUUCAAUAGAUGGACCUCCGUUCAGAGAAAAUACAGCGGAUACUCUCCAAGUACAAAUUCCACGAUGUUGCUGUUGAGCAGCUGCAGAAGAUUUAUCGAAUCUACCCUGAGAUGAUGCCAUCCACAGGGACAUACACAUUCAGUGACAACACCCAAAAAGAUCUCCUGAAAUUAAUUGGCAACGUCCCUGUGAAUUAUGGCGGCCGCUCCUACAACAUUCCCAUUCAACUGUGGUUGAUGGACUCCUUCCCCUUCACCCCUCCCAUAUGCCUCCUGAGACCCACCUCCAACAUGGUCAUCAGAGAGGGCAAACAUGUCGACAAGGAGGGGCGGCUCCACCUGCCCGGCCUGCACAACUGGGAUUAUCCCAAGUCCACCGUGUUAGUUCUUCUGACUGAGAUGAUUUCCAAGUUUGAGGAGGACCCUCCCCUAUCCUCAAGGACGACAGUAGACAGUAAAGACCCCCAUGAGCUCCUGGCAUUUGUUUCUAAUCUCCAGAUCAAUGAUGGUGGGAGAACACAUGAUCAACAGAAUAUCAAAGUGUCUGUUAUCGGGGGAGGAGAUUUAGGAAUGUCAUCGGUGAUGAGCAUUUUAUCAAAGUGUAAAGUUGACAAACUUGUUUUCAUUGACGUCGCUGAGAGCUCCACAAAGGGCGGCAGCACAGAUCUAGAGAUGUUCAGUUUGCCGAAGGUGGAGGUAUCCAAAGAUUUGUCAGCCUCUGCGGGCUCCAGGGUCGUCGUGGUGACCGCGAACUCAUGGAGCAGCGAGCAGUCGUAUACGAGCGUGGUCCAGAAUAAUGUGGACAUGUACAGAGGGAUCAUUCCAACUGUAGCACAGCUCAGCCCCAACGCAGUAAUGCUCAUCGCCUCACAGCCAGUGGACAUCAUGUCCCAUGUUGCCUGGAGACAGAGUUGCCUGCCUCCGACACAUGUGAUCGGAGCAGGGUGUAACCUGGACUCAGAGCGUCUCAGUCACAUCCUGGACAUUAACCUGAACACCCACAAACCAGCCUGGGUCAUAGGAGAACUUUCAGACAACAAAGUUGCCGUGAUGAGUAAAACUGGGCAUAGCUCCAAUGUGCAGCCGGAGAUUGCAGCAGGAUCCAGCUCAACCAAACCACUGUUAGACAGAGCGUUUGAGAUGAUGAAGAGUCGCGGUCAGCGCUCAUGGUCUGUCGGUCUGUCCAUCGCUGACAUCACUAACAGUAUCCUGACAAAUAAAAUGAAGACACACUCUGUCUCCACGCUGGCUCAGGGCUGGGGUGGAAUAGGUGCAGAGGUGUUUCUCAGCUUGCCGUGCAUCAUGGGAACAAACGGUUCCAUGCGCCUGGCCGGGGUGUCUCUGGGACAGGAGGAAGACUCCAAACUGAGGGAAAGUGUCACCUCGCUUUCUAACCUCAUCAGCCAGCUGAGGAUAUGAAGGAUGUGACCCGAGUCCCAGUUUGGGAGACGGCUAACUAUUACUAGGAUUUUGAAGUUAAUGACAAAACUGCUAAAAUAUGUAUAUGUCAUAAUGUCUGUGUAUUUAAGGUGGGUUAAUAUCAAUGUACAGAUUUUGUAUUUAAAUUCACUCCAGAGGUUACUCAUGUCUCAGAGUUUGCAAUAACACUCCAAAUGAAUGCACUUUUAUAUCUUUGGAAAGCCAUGACAUUCUAUGUAAAAGCAUUAAAAGUAGAGUGAUGCUUCUAGUUUUUAACAACUAUAUGUUUGUUGAAUUUGGUGGCUUAUUUACCAAAGAUUUGGAGAUUAUGCUUAUUUUUGUUCUCACCCAUUAAUUAAAUAAUUACUUUGAAAAUCAGGGUGUCGGCAGAUCAAAUGUUUAUUACACUGCAGCUCAUAUUUUAAUAUACUUAUUAGCAGUCUUUUUGCUCUUUCUGUAUUUAAUGCAAUAAGAUCAAGUGAUGUUAUAUUUAAAUCUUUGUUCUGUUUCCUUUGUGUGAAACACUUUGAAUCUAAAACAUGUACAGGAAGACUACACAAUUUUUCUGGGUGUGCAAUAAAUGUCUUAAACCAGAUGUGUAUUUUCUGUAGAGGAAGAGAAGACAGACAGACAACUAAGGUUUAUCUCUUUAUAAAACUCAAAUAAGAAGUUGCAUAAAUGUACAUAAACUUUGGUCUGAGCCCUAACUGAUGUUAACCAGGUCUAUAAAAGGAGCAGUGAUGAUGCAAAUGGUGGUCAGGUCACAUGACUAAAGAAGCCUGAGAAACGUAGAAGCGAGACCAAAGCUAAUGAACAAACCAUAACACAUCUGGUAACAUCACAAGAUGGAAAUGAUUUUUUAGCAGUAACAUGGAACUCCAUUAGAAAUCAACGUAAUACUUACAGAGGAUUACGAAACCUUUUGGUGAAGACAAAGGUCAGUGCAAAAAAUACAACAGACGUUUAGACAGAAUAUAAUGUAAUAUAUAAUUGCAUGAAACUAUAUAAACAUUUUUGAUAUUAGGUCCUUGUAAAGUAUGAUAUGGCUCAACUUCCAUUCCUCAAUCACUUUUUCUUCUCAAAACAAAUGGACACCAGUUUCUACAUAUAUGGCUCUAAAAUGUGGCUAUGCAUAUGAAAGAAAUCAGCUUUCGUUUGUUACUUUCCCUUGACAGAAUAGAACAGUAACAUGGACUCUGUCCUUUUAUUCUUAAGUCUAGCUUACUAUGUGCACAUUCAUAAAUAAACAUUAUAGGUCGCAUUUUAUGUCAGAAUUAUUUUUCGUAAAAGCCUCCUGUCACUAGCAAGGACUUCAUUUUAAAGCUUGAAGUCAGUUACUGUAACACUUCCAACCACUAGAUGGAGCUACUCUUAAUACAUAUUGUGAUAUGGAUUUUUACUGUGGCUGUUUGUGCUGAUAAUAUGUCGCAUUCAUAAUAUCCUUCCUUUAAGUCUGAUAUUUCCCUUUUCUUUAGCUUUGAUGCAUGUGUGUAAAUUCACAUGGAACAGUACAUUGUUGCUGUGAAAUCAGACAAACAGAAAUAGCACUGAAACCACUUCUUUAAAUUGGUCAUCCUACUGGGUCGAUUUUAGAAUUUAAAAAAGCAGCGAAGAACCCACUGCAUCCUGUAUGGGGAAAAAAAUGUUUCAUGAGAAUUGAACUACCUUCUGUAUUUACACCAGUGACUUAUUGCACCUCCUAUUUCCUGUUGCUGGUGGUUACAACUUUAUCUGAAGCUUAACUUAGAUGCAAGAAGUCCUUUAUUAUCAAGUAUUGAUCUCAAGCUAUACAGAAACUGGUAUAUUAAUAAUUGUUAAUUUCAGUUGUGAGCCUGCUCACAGUUGACCAACAAACACAGUAUAAAUGUAUAGGCUUUGGGUGCUUCAGCAAAGAUGAGCUUACUCUGCAGCCUCAAAAGCCCUUGUGUUGAUCUGCAGUCAGGUUAAGACACUUCUGUUGGAACAAAAUGAAACUAACUGCAGAUGAAGCACCGGUUGUAAUUCAAAGCUGGUAUUACAGUAGUUCCCCUUAUAUCUGUGUACAUUUCUUAUAAUCACCCAUCAUAUUAAAGACUGAAUCUGGUCUCACACACUAACAAGCAGGCGAGAUAAUACACUCACUUUUUGUGCAGCAAACAGUAACACGGACAGCAGUUUUAA